GGACAAAAAAAACAUGUCGCCUCUUGAGUCUUAGCUAAUACAUUUUACUUUGUCACGCGUGUAAAAACAGUUGAACAUGGGUCUCGCGAGGCACGUCGUGUGCGCCAUGUCUGGCGGCGUGGACAGCUCUGUCGCCGCAUUGUUACUGAAGAGGAGAGGUUUUAGUGUAACGGGGGUGUUCAUGAAGAACUGGGACUCUCUGGAUGAGAGUGGGGUGUGCAGUACAGAGAAGGACUGUGAGGACGCAUACAAAGUGUGUCGGAUCAUAGAUAUCCCCUUCCAUCAAGUGUCUUAUGUUAAAGAGUACUGGCAUGAAGUUUUCAGUUAUCUGUUGAAGGAGUAUGAGAAGGGCAGGACACCAAACCCAGAUAUACUAUGCAACAAGCACAUCAAAUUUAACCAUUUUCACAAGUAUGCCAUCAACACUCUGGGUGCCGAUGCCAUGGCAACAGGCCACUAUGCCAGGACAUCACAGGAAGACGAGGAGGUUUUCCAGCAUACUCACACAGUGUCAUCUACCACACCCUUCAGAGAUCGAUUUGAGAUCAGAAAUCCGGUGAGGAUGCUCAAAGGAGCAGACCUCCUCAAAGACCAAACCUUCUUCCUCAGUCAAAUUUCCCAGGAUGCCUUGCGGCAAACCAUGUUUCCGCUAGCUGGCCUCACCAAGGACUUUGUGAAAAAGAUCGCUGCUCAAGCUGGGUUUGACCAUGUUCUGAAGAAGAAAGAGAGCAUGGGUAUUUGCUUCAUUGGUGAGAGAAAUUUUGAGAAUUUCAUUUUGGAGUAUCUAGAGCCUAAACCAGGGAACCUUGUCUCAAUAGAGGACGGGACAGUAAAGGGAAAACACAAAGGCUGGUUCACUCUGACACUGGGCCAGAGGGCGAGGAUAGGUGGGCAAAAAGAUGCCUGGUUUGUUGUGGAUAAAGAUAUUACAACAGGAGACGUUUUUGUGGCUCCAACAACUAAUCAUUCAUCUCUGUUUCGGGACACGAUGCGGACUGACCGCUUCCACUGGCUGACAGUGGAUCCUCCUCCUGAACUCGUCAAGACCCAGAUGAUGGAUUGUCACUUCCGUUUUAUCCACCAGAUGCCGCUCACUCCCUGCACAGUAACUCUGAACAUGGACGGCUCUCUGUGGAUCUCCCUCUCACAGUCGAUCAGAGCUCUGACGCCUGGACAGUUUGCUGUACUCUAUAAAGGGGACGAGUGUCUGGGCAGUGGGAAGAUCAUACAGCUGGGGCCGAGUGAAUACACAAUCCAGCGGGGCAGAGCGCAGUUGAUAGCAGCGGCACAGCUGAAGGAGCAACCGACCCCAGAACCGUCCAGCUGAGGUGACCUCACAGUCCAGACACAGUGGCGUUCAUAGACUCCAGAUAGAGCAACACUCUUCAUGUGAAAAGAGUCGCUUCCUGUAUAUGCCAUAUUGAAUGGUUGACUCUGGUCUUAAAAACUCAGCUUUAACACUUCUGCAGUGUUGAUGACACACAGGCUUGGUUGUUAGUUUGAUCACAGAUAAUCCGAAUUACCCUUGAUAAUGGCCAAGAGGAAAGGAAUUGGGCUUGUAAACCAGAAGGUCAUCGGUUCAAAUCGCAGGAAGGGCCAAGGGCUGGGGUACCUCUGAGCAAGAUACCCAUCGCUCCCUAGGCACAUAUAUGUGCCGCACACUGCUCCUGCACCCAGCUGUGUGCGCGUGUGUGUGUGUGUGUGUGUGUGUGUGUUCGUUCUCUACUGGUGAUUGUGCUUGUGUGGAUUCAAAAGUGUUCUAAAAGACACAUGAUGAAUCUCAAACCUCAUUCUAAAACACAGCCUCCAUCCUGUCUGUUCUCUUGGUGCUUUCCUCUCUAUCUUUGUCUGGAACCAUUUUGUCUGUUUCUCCUCAUAAUGAUGUUCUGCUGCUCAAAAUAAGGUGUAAUUAUUUUUGUUCUGCUGGCUGGGUAAUGAUGGAGCUGAUCUGAUCCGUCUAUUUAAGGAAAAAUAACUUGGUGCUUAAAAAAUCAGUUCUAUAUCAUUUAAAUAAUUAUGGUCUUUCUUCCCAGUUGGUUUCUAUGAAAUUUCAUUAUGAUUUUAUUGAAUGACCAUGAUUUAUAAACAUUGGGUAUAAAAUGUUCACGUUGAAAACAGUCCACAAACUGAGGUUUAUUUUCAGUCCUUAAGGCAACAUGGGGAUCGACGGACAUGUGAUAUGACUAUGCCACAGUCUUACAGAUUCAGACAAAUCUCCCUUCCCUUCUAUUCCCACUAUUACUCAUGUUCAUACUGAGCUAACCGCAAUCCUCAACAUGUCCGGAACAUGUAUUAAUACAUCUAUUAUGCCAGUUAAAGUCUUUUACUAUUUAAUGUACGCAAUACUUUGGUGAUCAGUAUUAGCAGCCAAACAUGUUUCCAAAAACAAACACGGUGUUGGCCACAUUUCAACACAGUUUUAGUUAUUCUAAAUAAUGAAAAUAAUUAUUUAACUUAUGACUGGCUGUGCAUGUGUAUUCUCAUGUUGUAAUACAUGAUUUUUGUUUUAAAAUCAAAAUGCCUUCUCUGUUCUUAUUGCGUUAUAGUUGCUGUGUAAAUUCUAAAUACAACCUUUACGAAAACGAGUGAAUAAACCUUUUAUUGACCUGUA